UAGAACUAGAUAUUGAAAUAAAAAAGGAGCACCUGAGAAAAUUGAAACAGGAUAAUACUGUCACAGUCACAUAAAUAUGUAACCUAGUUACGAUGGGAUUGCCAAACACCCUGCUCGCGAUAUGAUUCCAUCGAGGUCAUGGAGUGUCGACACAUACCGACAGUAGGGAUAGUUGCUGACACUGCAAGGGCUUCGUGGGGUUGACAAGAGCGGGUGGACGGCAGUUGGGUUGUGGCAAGAAAAAGAAAAAGAACCUGUGACAUGUUUCUCCCAACAAAACAUUACAACAAGUUUGUGAUAAUCUCAUGUAGUCUCCCCUUUACGAUGGAAGAUCAACAACGCUCAAACCUGUACAACAAAACACGAAAAGUGCACCCGAAAAAACGAUCAAAUAUCUUAUUCCAUUUCUUAUUUUGCUGGGAACUACCUGUCGUUAUCAAGGGAUGGAAAAGAGAUCUGAGUGAAGAUGAUAUGUAUGAUCCGCUUAGGGAAACCGAUUCUAAACGCUUGGGUGACAAACUGGAGAAAUUAUGGAAAGAUGAAGAAAUGCUAAGAAAGAAGCCUUCUCUAGCUCGAGCACUUAUGAGUCAAUUUGGCUUGGAAUUUUUACUGUAUGGACUUAUAUAUUUUCCUGUUGAUUUAGUAGUUAUCUUGUUACAACCACAAUUUCUGAUAAAACUUUUAAAUUAUUUUGUACCCAAUCAGAAAACCACUUCACAAAAGCAAGCUUUAAUAUAUGCUGCCAUCAUUGUACUAUUUUCGUUUCUUAGAGUUUUAUUUUUCCAUUGGUUUAUACUACAACUAUCCACCGUAGGACUAAAAGCUCGAAUCGCAUGCUCUUCAUUAAUUUAUAGAAAGUCUCUCAGUUUAAAAAGAACAACGUUUCAGAAAGUUACCACGGGGCAAGUCAUUAAUUUGUUGUCGAACGAUGUCUAUCGUCUAGAUUUUGUAUUUGCUUACGUGCAUUUUCUCUGGAUUAGUCCUGUGGAAGCAAUAGCAGCUGCAUUUUAUCUAGAUUUGACAUUAGGACAUGCGGCUUUGACUGGUAUUGGUUUCAUAGUGGUUUGUUUGCUCCUUCAAACUUUAAUGUCUCAGCAAAUAGCACGUUGCAGAAAAGAAGUUGCUCUUAAAACAGAUUACAGAAUUCGACUAAUGAAUGACAUAGUAGUUGGUAUUCAGGUCAUAAAAAUGUAUACGUGGGAAAAAACUUUCAUCAAGUUAGUAGAAGCUGCCCGAAAUCUAGAAAUGAAGAGAGUGGCUAAAUCUAUCAACUUCAGAGUUAUUAAUAACAGUCUUAGAUUACUCUACACACGAAUGUCUAUCUACAUUUGUGUUUUGAUUAUGAUAUUCAACGGUGUACCUCUGACGUCCCAGUACAUUUUCGGUCUAGUUAACACCUACGAAUUUUUAAAAAUUUCUGCCAUUAUUUACGUACCCCUGGCAGUAACGUUGUUUUCUGAGGCACGAAUUUCUGUCUCUAGAAUUCAGAAAUUUCUCUUGACAGAGUUCGAAAAACCAAGUGAACUGGCAAAAAAUUUUCGUCAAACUGAAAGUGUGUCAUCUGUUUAUUUAAUUAAAAACGACAGUGGUUUGAAAAAUAAACCACUUGGUGUUUUUUUGGAUAAUGUUUCUCUCAAAUGGAACCAAUCUUUCACACGCAACACUUUGACUAAUGUCAAUUUUACAGCUACUACAGGCGAAGUGGUAGGCAUUAUAGGUGCGGCUGGGAGUGGCAAAAGUACUUUAUUACAAACCAUUUUAAAAGAACUAGAUGCCCAAAAAGGCAGUGUUGAAGUAAAUGGUACGGUUUCGUAUGCUUCACAAGAUCCAUGGGUUUUUCCAGCUAGUGUUAAACAAAAUAUACUCUUCGGAGAAGAAAUGGAUGCCGAAAGGUACCGAAAAGUGAUCAAAGUGUGUGCUUUGGAAAGGGAUUUUUCUCUUUUUCCUUUUGGUGAUAAUACUUUAGUGGGAGAUAGAGGAGUCAUGUUAAGUGGAGGGCAAAAAGCUAGGAUUAAUUUAGCCCGAGCUGUAUACCGAGAUGCUGAUAUCUAUCUUCUAGAUGACCCUUUAUCAGCUGUAGAUGCUCACGUCGCAGAACACAUAUACAAAGAAUGUGUGACGGGCUAUUUAAGGGAGAAAUGCGUGGUUUUGGUGACUCAUCAAGUCCACCAUUUGAAGAAUUUGGAAAAAAUUUACCUUUUGAAAUUAGGGAGAAUCGAAGAAGUUAGCAAUACGAAUUUAGAACUUGUGCGGAUGAAAAAGGAAGACAACAAAACUAUGAGUGAGGAUGUAGGGGACCUGCACUCAAGUCACAUUCCUUUGGAAAUCAAAGAACAUAGAAGUAGCAACUCGAUGGGAAGAAAGAUUUACAAAGACUACUGCUUGGCAAGUGGUAGCUGGUUCAAAGUUUUCCUCAUAGUACUUAUGCUAGUUAUCAGUCAAGCAUUAGGAAACACAGUUGAAUACUUUGUGGCUUUCCUAGUCAAUUUGAAACAAGAUAUCACGUUUCACACAGAACUCAAAGAUAUAUUCACUGUCAACAACUGUACAUACAUAUAUAGUAGUUUGAUACUAAUUUUCAUUUUUGCUACAUAUACUGCUUUAAGAUUGUUAACCGGGUUUUGCGUACAAGCUGCAAGAAAUUUACAUAGUGCUAUGCUGAUAAAUGUCAUUCAUGGAACCAUGGAGUUCUUCAACCAUCAUUCAUCGGGAAGAAUUUUGAACAGAUUUUCCAAGGACCUUGGAUGUUUAGACGAAUCUAUCCCUUUAAAUCUCAUACUAAGUGUAACAAUGACUUUAAUGCUGGCUGGUAUAUGUGGCACAAUAUCAAUUUUAAAUUACUGGAUGAUCAUACCUACGAUAAUAGUUUUGGUUGUUAUAGUGUCCUACGGUAUUUUGUUCCAGCCAACGACUAAAAAUAUCAAAAGAACGGAAGCGAUAACUAAAAGUUCCGUGUUUACACACACCAUGGCAUCGUUACAAGGUUUAACAACAAUUAGAGCCUUCAACGGUCAAAAAAUUUUGCAGCACGAAUUUGACAAACACAUGAAUCUGUAUAGUUCUGCUUACUACAUGAUGAUCGCACUAUACUCUACCAUGACCUUUUGGACAGAUUUAACUUGUGUCAUCUACACAAGUUUAGUCAUCUUUAGUUUUUUUGUAUUCGAGUCAAAAAUGUAUGUUGGCUAUAUUGGGCUAGCAAUUACUCAGUCUAUUUCUCUAGUGGGACUAUUUCAGUACGGAAUGCGAACUUGGACCGAGCUCGAUUCACAAAUGACUUCCGUGGAACGUGUGGUUGAGUACUCUAAACUUUCACCGGAACAAGACACUGGUACAAACACUCCUCCUUCAGACUGGCCUAAGACAGGAAAAAUUGCUUUUCGGUCAGUCUCGAUGCGGUACCCUGGGGGUUCUUCACCUGUUUUGAAAAGAAUUUCCUUUGAUAUAAGAUCCGGUGAAAAAAUUGGUGUUGUUGGUAGAACUGGUGCCGGAAAAAGCUCUCUCAUUUCUGUCCUUUUUCGCCUGUUUCCUUUCCAUGGUCACGUUAUUAUAGAUGGAAUAGACACCAAAUCUAUACCACUGGCUACUCUUCGAUCAAAAAUCUCCAUUAUUCCUCAAGACCCGGUACUCUUUUUGGGUACCCUUCGCCAAAACGUGGACCCUUUUGAAGAAUACUCGGAUUCCCAACUAUGGAAUGCGUUAGAAGAAGUGGAACUGAGAGGAAUGGUUGCUAACUGGAGCUCGGGUUUGGAAACAAUUAUUCUAGAGGGAGGUUCCAAUGUUAGUGUUGGUCAGAGACAGUUGUUGUGUUUGGUGCGUGCCAUUUUGAAAAACGUGAAUAUUAUAAUACUAGAUGAAGCCACUGCUAAUGUUGAUUUAAAAACUGAUGAAGUCAUUCAGAGAGUUAUAAGGAGGAGGUUUCAAGAUUGUACUGUUUUGACAAUUGCCCAUCGCUUGAACACUAUUAUGGAUUCUGACAAAAUCUUGGUUAUGGAUGCUGGGACUAUAGCAGAGUUUGGGCCGCCCCAAGUUUUGUUGAAAAAUCCUAGUGGGCAGUUUUAUAAUCUUGUCAAAAGAAGUGGCAACAAAGGGGAGGAUGUCGAAGCUGGAAAAUCUGUUAUUUUAUGAUGUAGAUUAAUUCCAGAGUGAUGACGAAAUAAAAAUGUUAAACAGCUA